AUGCAAAAUAAUGAUCCCGAUAUCUCCUUGGUGCUGUUGGAGCACAACACAACACAAAAACCGGAAUGUGAGGAUUCUCCGAAAAAAGCCUCCACGCUGAAACCGCAUUCUGCCCGAAAGAGCAUGAAGGACCAGAAGAACCAGCCGGGCGGCAGUGGGGGCAGCAAAGUCCAGAUCAAAACGCCCAACGAGUCCAAGACGAACUUGUGCGGAAAAGUGAUCACGAUCCCGCCAGAGCUUCCAGAUAUUUUGAAAAUGUACGCGAAAGGCGCGAUGAGAACGCAGCCGCCAGAUUUGCUCCGGUGGAGUGGGGCUUACUUCCGAGCGAUGGCGAAUGGAGAGACGCUUCCAACGAAGGAGAAGGUGGAGUACCCCGUGCGACAAAGUAAGGAUGGAUUGUCGCCCGGAAUUUUGAGGGUGAUUGAUAAUCAGCUGGGCUCCCAAAGCGGCAUGCAAGCCGAGACUGCCAUAGUUUUCAAACGUUGGCGUGGAUUUGGCCUGAGUGUCGACUCGUUUAAUGAAAUUCUCGCCCGUGCUGGAAUGUCUUCUGAGGCAAAAAUGGUCGAUUGGGACAAGUUGAUUGCCGUAAUGGCGUCCACAAUUGGGCAGAAUCUGACCGACACGAUGGCCAUUCUUUGCGAAAUCUUGACCUCACAACCAGACGGGUCCGAACCCAGGAUGAAGUAUUCCGUGUGGCUGUCAAUGUACAGCUUUUUGGGGACGCAGAUUUUACGAGUCGUGACGACGGAGAGUUUCCAAGCCGUGGACACGUGUCUUUCCCCCAUCGCGAAGGACAAUGGGGGGCUCAUUGGACCCAAGGACUGGACCUCGGCGGCAUGUCGGCUCGAGUAACAGGAAGGCUGAUGAUUGAUCAUAAUGAUUCCAACUGAAUUUGUGAAAUUAAUUAAAUAGUGCUAAAAAUAUGUAGAACUUGCAAAAUUAUUGACUGACGAGCUGAAUAAAAAUGUGGUGGAAAUGGUUUUAACAA